AUGCGUAUAGCACUUCAAGCCAAACGGAAAUUAGGUUUUGUUACCGGAAUUUGUAGAAAGGAAUUAUUUGAUGUUGAAUUUCAUGAGUACUGGGAAACAUGCAAUGCGAUUGUCCUUUCAUGGAUAAUGAACACAAUUGCGCCGCAUCUAUUCAGCGGAAUUGUUUAUGCAUAUGAUGUGCAUCUUGUAUGGGAAGAUCUGAGGGAGCAUUUUGACAAGGUAAACAGAGUGCGUAUAUUUCAGUUACAUCGAGAAAUUGCAACAAUUUCUCAAGGAACGGCCUCUGUUUCUAUAUAUUUCACAAGGAUGAAAGAGCUAUGUGCAGAAUAUGAUGCAAUGGUACCUUCCCCAAAUUGUGGUUGUCCGAAAUCCAAGGAAUAUGUGGAGCAUUUUCUACAACAACGGCUGCUUCAGUUUCUCAGUGGAUUAAACGACUCAUAUGACCAGGCGAGGCGUCAAAUUCUCAUGAAAAUAACAGAACCAACCUUGAAUCAAGCAUAUGCAAUGAUUAUUGAAAGUGAGAGUCAAUUGACACCAACAUCUGGAGUUAAUUCCAUAGUAGAAGGGAAUGAUAUUACAGCACUAUGGAGUGCAAAAGGUGGACAACAGAAACCAAAAAGAAACUUCAAUCUAUUUUGUGAACAUUGCAAACUAAAAAGUCAUAUCAAGGAAAAUUGUUACCACUUGGUUGGUUACCACCCAAACUAUAACGGAAGAAAGAAGAAUGGGGCAUCUGCGAACGAUGUGAUGUCAUUUGGUAGACAACUGGACCAAAAUACUAAUGUGAUCCCUAGCCAGUAUUAUCCUGGGAAUUACAGUCCUGGAGUUUACAAUCAAGGAUAUAACACUAAUAGACAUGGAUGCUUUCCUGGUGAAGAACAUCGUGGUUCAAACCUCAUUAGUGGCGGAAAUCAAGGUUUGGAUCAGGGUCAAGGAAUAAUGAAUAAUGCUGCUAUAGGUCAAGGAGCAACAAGUAUGAAUGCAAUUCCAGCCCCCAUGGUAUUCACACAGGAACAAUAUAAUCAAAUCUUGAAGAUGCUGAACAAAGGUAACAAUACUAAGACAGAAGCAGCAGCUAAUGCAGCAGAUAAUGGUGCCACAAAUCAUAUGGUGGGAGACAGUGAUAUGUUAUCUACAGUAACUAAACGUGAGAAUCAGAAGGACCUUCACAAUGGGAAGGUGAAGGGGAUUGGUAGAAUGGAAGAGGAUCUGUAUCACUGGCACUCAAAGAAUAAAAGGACAUCAUCAAUUGUUCCUUCGGUGUUCCUAACAUUUAAUGCAUCAAUAAAGGUUUUUAGAAGUGAUAAUGGAACUGAGUUUUUUAAUUCUUUCUGCAAAGCUUUGUUCACUAAUGCAGGGAUCAUACACCAGAGUUCUUGUGUUCAUACUCCCCAGCAAAAUGGAGUAGUCGAACGAAAACACAUACAUAUACUUGAAGUGGCCAGGGCACUUAGAUUUCAAGCAGGGUUGCCUUUACGAUUUUGGGGUAUUUAUGUUGUUAAUGCUGUGUAUCUCAUCAAUAGGAUACCAUCACCAGUAUUGGGGAACAAAUCACCAUUUGAAGUUUUCUUUGGCAGAAAACCCAACUUGAGUCGUUUAGAUGUUGUUUUUAAGGAGUAUGUAUUUCCAUUCAAAUCAACUCAAACACUAAAUGCCAACAGGAUUCCUACAUAUCCUGCAUCUAUGCCACAUAUGGAUUCACCUUUAGAGUCAUCAUUUGUCCAAAAUAGUUCACCUUCAGUUCAAUCACCUUCUCCAACAUCUCCAGCACCCAUGUGUAGUCCAGAAUCGUCCCAUGUUGUACAAGAUACUCCUGAAACAACCAGUCCAUUACAGCUAUCACCUGGACAUUACACACAUUCCAGUGGUUUUGAAUUGCAUCAUACAUUACCUAAUACUUCUCCUACUGCUUCUCCUCCACAUCCCAGGAGAACUGGUAGAAUUUCUAGACCUCCUGGAUGGUUAAAUGAUUUUGUACAUGGUCCACUGCCCAGUACUCACACUUCAGCUUCUUGCGUUUAUUCGAUGUCUGAGUACAUGUCUUACACCUCUCUUUCAGCUUCUUAUCUUGAUUCUAUUUGCGACUAUUCUGUCAUCAAGGAACCAGAUUCCUAUUCAGAGGCUCUACAAGAUGAAAACUGGGUUGCAGCUAUGAAACAGGAGGUUCAAGCAUUACUUGAUAACCAUACACGGUCUCUGGUUGACUUACCUCCUGGUAAGAGGGCCAUAUGA